AAAGGCUUUCAUCAACUCAGUCGCUCAGAAAGUUCUCUGUAUCGCGGUCCGCUUCAUCGUCAUUAAACGCUGGGAUAUUAAAACUGGACAAGUUGUCAAGAUCCUUGGUAUUCCCUUCUAUCCACCCGGAACCAUUCCUGCGUACUCUGAUCCAUUGGUCAUGGCACUGGCUGGCACAAACAGAGCACCCACUGUGCUCGGAGGCAGUGGUCCUGACAGCCCUGCCACCCUCUUUAUAUGACUCUGGAAAUGGAUAAGGAAGGGUGUAAAGAGAGACGUAUGUGAAAGAUGUCCUGCAGCACUCUCAUAUAGGAACAUCACAGCAUCCUGACAUCAAACAGUCCUUCAAGAACAGACCUUUCUGUUAUCUGAGCUGCUGUUGGGGUGCUUGUGACCUUGACAACCAAAUCUGCACUGUUUGUGCUGGUGCGCUGUCAAGCCUGCUGCCGCUGUGUCAUUUGUGGCAGCUAAAUUGAAGGAGUGCUCUAAUCGUCUCCCACACGUCUUACCCCUCGCAACGCGUGCAGAAAGCCCAGGGCGGCCAGCCCGCGCAUUCUGCUGUCUGUCUUCCUGCCCACAAACAUCCCAGCAUCAACAAUGACCUCAAGCCACAUGGCAUCUGCUCCAUGAAAGAUGUUGAUUUUAUUGGCAAAACACGGCUCCUUUGGGUUAUGGUCCACUUCAUGUGAGCAGUAUGAGGAAGACCAUGAACUAUAACUCACAUAGAUGGGAUUCACUUCAUAUGUGAAGAAAAACACAGCUAGCAUAACACAUAAUUAUGGACCACAGGCAUGGGUUUCUCAAUGGCCUGGAUGAAAAAAAGCCUGUGUUUUUGCACCCCAGCAACAGGUGGACGGGUGUAUUGACUAUCAUAGAGAACAACAGAGCACAACAUCAAACAUGGGGCCCAUGGACACUCAGGUCUGUCCGGAAAAUCAAAAUCUUAAGCUUCCUUUUCGGACUUAUGGUCACCGUUGUCAUAAUGGCAUCCUACAUCUUAACGAGGGACCAGAAAGGGCUGUUUUUAACACCAUCACCGUAUCACCUUACUGUGGAGUCUCAUCCGGCUCAGCUGCCCCUUAAUCUGUCCUUCGCCACAGACUACACAGUUGUGAGAGAGGUGGUGAGAAGCAUUGUGGCCAGAGUGGAUUUCAGUCAAAGAAGAGUGCCUGACCUGAGAGAAGUGAGAAAGAAAGAGCCAAACAUAUUCUCUGCAAUUCCCCUCAAAUUUCUUCCUCAUCUCAAGAACCCUUGUUGGUAUGAAGAGUUCAUUGGGAAUGUCACAGCUGAUCCUUAUGGGAAAAACCUGUAUGCUCUUUAUUCAAAGCGCUUCCAAGCAAUAUAUGACCACCUGCGCAGAGCAUUUCCGGCUCACCUGCAUCAUCACACAGGUAGACAGUAUCGCCUUCGCUGCCUGCCUUUCUUUUACAUUAUCGGACAGCCUAAGUGUGGCACCACGGAUCUCUACGACCGGUUACGCCUACAUCCAGAGGUCCAUUUCACCACUAUGAAGGAGCCACACUGGUGGACGCGAAAGAGAUUUGGUAUCAUCAGGUUGAGUAAUGGUUUUCAUAACCCCUAUCCACUGAAUGACUACCUGGACCUUUUUGACCAAGCAGCCAAUCAGAUUCAAGAUCACUUGACAAGCAACUCCUCCAAAACCCACAAAAAAGUGGACUUCAUUAUUGGUGAGGCGAGUGCAUCCACAAUGUGGGACAAUAACGCUUGGGUUUAUUUCUACGACAAUGGGACAGAAGUGGAGCCACCUUUUUUGGUGCAAGACUUCAUUCAUGCUGUUCAACCAGAUGCCAGAUUCAUUGUGAUGCUCAGAGACCCAGUAGAAAGGCUUUACUCAGACUAUCUGUACUUUGGCAUGGCUAAUAAAUCUCUGGAGGAUUUUCAUGAACGAGUAUCAGAGUCGUUGCACCUGUUUGAGGGCUGCUUGGCUGAGAGGUCCAUCCGUUCCUGCAUUUACAAUACCACUCUCAACAACCUGAUGCCUGUGAGGCUUCAGGUUGGACUAUAUGUCAUAUACCUGCUUGACUGGCUGAGUGUUUUCAGUAGAAAGCAGAUACUCAUCUUACGACUUGAGGAUCAUGCUGCCAACCGAAAAAUCACUAUGCGGAGAGUCUUUGAAUUUCUACAUUUGGGGCCUCUUACUCUGCAGAAGGAAGCAGACAUCACAAAGAGCCCCGCCUCAAACACCAGAAGACCAGCCAAUCGAAAUCUUGGCCCAAUGCUGCCCAUAACCAAGGAGAUCCUGCAGAGCUUCUACGAGCCUUUUAACCAGCGCCUGGCCCAAGUGCUAAGGGACCCUGCCUUCUUGUGGAUGUAGCACUGAGAGAGAGGGAAUGAAUAUAAUAGAAAAGAGUGACACUGAUUAAACUCAAAUUUAAAACUAAAUUAGAUUUGUUAGGCCAUUGCUGGGUGGCUGGUAUCACCUUUGGCCAGAAUUGAAAUUUAAGAAAAUAUUUUUAAUUCUAAUCAAUUAUAAAGUGUUACUUUUAUUUUUUAUUAUUUUUUCCUUAGUUAUUUGGUGCUGGACACGUUCAUUAUUGCACUUUGAUACUGUGAGAGUAUUUGGUCAGGAUGACCACUGAGAAAUUAACAGACAAUUUAUUUAAUGUAUUUGUUAUAAGGCCUUGGAAGCCACAGUGCUUCUACAAUAUGAAAGGAUACAGAAACAGAAAAGGCAUUGAUUAAAAAUUGAAUAUACACUCGACAAACGAUAAUUAAUAAAAAAGUGUCAGUGUUUUGGAGUUUAGCUCUGAGGUGAAUGAGAGCGGGCCUAGUGUUGCUGGAAGAUACGGACCUGUAUAAAGGACAAUAUAAGAGUUGUGGAAACUGAGCACAAAAGCCAUCCUGGACAUUGAACUAGGUGAAUGAAACCUGAUGUCACUGAAAUGUAUAAUGUUAAUGUAAAUCUGUUAUUGUGACUGUACAGAGAUAAGGGCAAGAAUAGAUUCAUUCCAACUUAAUUCAACUUUGAUAUUUUCUGACUGAAUUGCAAUAAAUAUUGCUUUUUU